AUGGAAGUGGAGGAUGGACGCCACUUUCGCAACGACCUGGACGAGUCCUCCAGGCCAGCCGACUGGGAGGUCAGGCUGCGUGGAGCCUUGGACAACGUGAAGGCCACGAUUCUGCAGGCCGAGCACCGCAAGGGCAGUGUCUACACUGGCGCCGCUGGCGUGGCCUACAUGCUGCUUCAUCUGUCGGCCUGUGGUCUUGCUGACCCCUCCACAGCCUGUGCAGAGAGCAGUCGGAUCCUUACAGAGGCAGCAGAGCUCUCCGACGCACGGCGGGUGACUUUGUUGGAAGGGCUGGCAGGAGUCGUGGCUCUGCAGGCAUGGAUGCACAGACUCCGUGGCGAGCAGGAGAAAGUCCAGGAGUGUGUUCGGAGGCUCGAAGAGCUGGCCCGGCACGCAGUUGCCUUACCCGAGGGCGAGUGCGAGGUGCUCUAUGGGCGCUGCGGCUUUCUGGGUGCCGUCCUCUUCUUGCGGCAACAUCUGGAAGACCCGAAGAUCCUGGCCGGCCCAGCUGCCGAGUUGGUGAGGCAAGUGGUUGCCUCGGGAAAGCGCAAUGCACGUGAUGGCUGGCCUCUCUACUUUGAGUGGCAUGACAAAUGUUACCUGGGAGGUGCCCACGGUAUUGCCGGCAUUCUGCACACGCUGGCCCAGCUCCCGGAAGAGCUUGCUGCAGCUGGGCAGGAUACUGCCAGCCUUAUCUGUCGAAGUGCAGACAAGCUGCUGGAUGGCCGAUUUGUUAGUGGGAACCUGCCAUCGUCACUUGGGAGCGGGAAAGAUCGUUUGGUCCAGUUCUGCCAUGGACCCACCGGCGCAGUGCCCUUGAUGCUGCGACUGGCUAGCGUGUACAACGAGCCGAGAUAUUUGCGUGAGGCCAAGGAAUUGGGCCAAGUCAUUUGGAGAAGAGGACUUCUGAGCACAAAGGGGCUUGGACUAUGUCACGGCAUACCCGGAAACGGCUUCGCCCUCCUUGCCCUCUACAGGCAGACGCAAGAUGAAGUGUGGUUAAACCGAGCUUUGCACUUUGCCCUGUUUGCGUGCGACCACCAACGUGACCUCUCCCAGCAGGCAGAUCGACCGCACUCGCUUUUUGAGGGCCUUGCCGGUGCGGCCUGCUUCUGGGGCUCUGUUCUUUGUGCAGCCAGCGGAGAUGGCUCGACAGUCAUCCUCGAGGGUGGCUUCCGAUUCACCGGCACCUGGGCCAAUGGCCAGAAGCAGGGCUUUGGCAUUCUGGAGCAACCCGACGGAAGCCGCUUUGAGGGCCACUUCGUGGAUGACAAGCCGAACGGUGAGGGGCGGUUGGCCUAUGUCUCCGGUGACGUCUAUGAGGGCCAGUGGGUGGAUGAGCGAGCAGAAGGUUUCGGCUCCUUCACGCGUAAGGAUGGGAGCUCCUACGAGGGCCAGUGGCUCAACGACCUGCAGCAUGGCUACGGGAUUGAAACCUGGUCGGAUGGCUCCCGAUUCGAAGGCGUUUAUUGUGCUGGUGCCAAAGAGGGCCACGGCACCUUCUCGUGGGCGGAUGGCGCCACGUACACGGGUUCGUUCAGCAACAACUACUUCCAUGGCUCCGGUGAUUACAGGUGGAGCGAUGGCCGCCGAUACAAGGGGGGCUGGGACAAGAGCAAGCUUCAUGGCUGGGGCCACAUGUCCAGCCCUCAAUCAGAGUCGAGCUGA